AUGAGAUAUGAGGAAGGUGAAGAGGAGGAGGAGGAGGAGGAGGAAAAUAACGAAAAGAUUCUGAGGAUUAAAUCACAGACCACAGCAGACACUGUGGCCAGCUCCCCCACGACUGUCUCACUCACAGAGACCACAGCAGACACUGUGGCCAGCUCCCCCACGACUGUCUCACUCACAGAGACCACAGCAGACACUGUGAGAGGUUCUAGCACGACUGUCUCACUCACAGAGACCACAGCAGACACUGUGGCCAGCUCUCCCACGACUGUCUCACUCACAGAGACCACAGCAGACACUGUGGCCAGCUCCCCCACGACUGUCUCACUCACAGAGACCACAGCAGACACUGUGGCCAGCUCUCCCACGACUGUCCCACUCACAGAGACCACAGCAGACACUGUGGCCAGCUCUCCCACGACUGUCUCACUCACAGAGACCACAGCAGACACUGUGGCCAGCUCUCCCACGACUGUCUCACUCACAGAGACCACAGCAGACACUGUGGCCAGCUCUCCCACGACUGUCUCACUCACAGAGACCACAGCAGACACUGUGGCCAGCUCUCCCACGACUGUCUCACUCACAGAGACCACAGCAGACACUGUGGCCAGCUCCCCCACGACUGUCUCACUCACAGAGACCACAGCAGACACUGUGAGAGGUUCUAGCACGACUGUCUCACUCACAGAGACCACAGCAGACACUAUGGCAAGCUCUCCCACGACUGUCCCACUUACAGAGACCACAGCAGACACUGUGAGAGGUUCUAGCACGCCUGUCCCACUCACAGAGACCACAGCAGACACUGUGGCAAGCUCUCCCACGACUGUCCCACUCACAGAGACCACAGCAGACACUGUGAGAGGUUCUAGCCCGACUGUCUCACUCACAGAGACCACAGCAGACACUAUGGCCAGCUCUCCCAGGACUGUCCCACUCACAGAGACCAAAGCAGACAUUGUGGGCAGCUCUCCCAGGGCUGUCCCACUCACAGAGACCACAGCAGACACUGUGGCCAGCUCCCCCAGGACUGUCCCACUCACAGAGACCACAGCAGACAGUGUGGGCAGCUCUCCCAGGGCUGUCCCACUCACAGAGACCACAGCAGACACUGUGGCCAGCUCCCCCAGGACUGUCCCACUCACAGAGACCACAACAGACAUUGUGGGCAGCUCUCCCAGGGCUGUCCCACUCACAGAGACCACAGCAGACACUGUGGGCAGCUCUCCCAGGGCUGUCCCACUCACAGAGACCACAGCAGACACUGUGGCCAGCUUCCCCAGGACUGUCCCACUCUCAGAGACCACAGCAGACACUGUGGCCAGCUCCCCCACGACUGUCCCACUCACAGAGACCACAGCAGACACUGUGGCCAGCUCCCCCACGACUGUCCCACUCACAGAGACCACAGCAGACACUGUGGCCAGCUCCCCCAGGACUGUCCCACUCACAGAGACCACAGCAGACACUGUGGCCAGCUCUCCCACGACUGUCCCACUCACAGAGACCACAGCAGACACUGUGGCCAGCUCCCCCAUGACUGUCUCACUCACAGAGACCACAGCAGACACUAUGGCAAGCUCUCCCAGGACUGUCUCACUCACAGAGACCACAGCAGACACUGUGGCCAGCUCUCCCACGACUGUCCCACUCACAGAGACCACAGCAGACACUGUGAGAGGUUCUAGCACGACUGUCCCACUCACAGAGACCACAGCAGCUCUGCGGGUACUCACGCCGCAGACCCAUCACAAGGGCUACCACCUCCAGGGCACCACAGAACCACUGACGUUGGUCAGCGUUUAUGUACCUCAAAGUCCCUUCAUGUCCCCAUAA